CCGCUAUUCCACCGUUCCUCUCGCAUCUUCUACCUUUAAAGAAAAAAAGAAGGAAAAAGAUGAUUGGCAAAAGAUAGACAGGCAUGCCCCCAAAAAGACUCUAAUACACACACUCAUACACCCCCCUUUUUUUUCUAGAUCCAGCAGAUGUCAUGGGUACAGCCUUGAGGGAAUAGCACUACAAACAAUACAUUUCUAAUAAAGGACAGAGAGACACUGAAUCGACACAGAGAGACAUUCACAGAGACCAGAUUGGACCACGAAGAAGCAGAAGGUCAUUUGGAACAGGAAACCAAGACAAGAACGUUCCCAUAAACUGCCACUUUUCCAUGUCCAGCUCACCUGUAGAUCUGAAAAAUCAGGCUGAGGUUCAAAAUGAAGUCGUUCCUCACCGCUUUUGCAAUCCUGCUACUAGCUGGCUCAGUGGAUUCUCAGGAAAUGUCAUAUGAACACUUACUGUCCCAACUGCAUGCCUGCCCCAAAGAGUGCUACUGUCCUCCCAGCUUCCCCAAUGCAGUCUAUUGCAACAGUAGGGGGCUGAAAAGAAUCCCCAAGAUCCCCCCGUUCACCUGGUAUCUGUACAUACAGAACAACCUCAUCGAUGUACUUUCAGCAGAUGCCUUCCAUAACACCACGCAGCUGAAGUGGAUCAAUCUUAAUCAUAACAAGAUCUCAAAUGAGGGUGUGGAAGAAAAUGCACUUAAAGCCUUGCCCAAUCUGCUGCAUCUCUAUAUGGAAGAAAACUUGCUCACCUCCAUACCUUCUCCUCUUCCACCAAAGAUAGAGCAGCUACAUCUCUCCAAAAACCGAAUCUCAAAAAUCCCAGCAGGUGUCUUUACUGGGAAGAAACAUCUCAUGUUACUCAACCUGCAGGGUAACAAACUACAGGAUGAUGCUGUUACUGAGGUCAACCUUAAAGGCCUCAGUGGUUUGGUUCAGAUCAACUUGGCCAAGAACCAGCUGAACAGCAUGCCUAAAGGUCUUCCCCCUUCCACUAUUCAACUCUACUUGGAUGGCAACAAUAUUCAGAAGAUCCCUGCAGAAUAUUUCAAAGGACUUCCCAAGAUGGCCUUCCUAAGGCUUAAUCGCAACAAACUAGUUAAUGGAGGUAUCCCAAAGAAUGUUUUCAACCUUUCCAGCAUCCUGGACCUACAGCUUUCUUAUAACCAACUUACAGAGGUACCACUAAUUUCUUCUGGCCUGCAGCAUCUACACCUGGACCACAAUAAAAUUAAGAGUGUGAACUCCUCUGACAUCUGCCCAGUUUCUGCUGACACUUUUGAUGACUACUUUGAUGAAAGAGUCCCUCAACUCCGCUACCUCCGCCUUGACGGGAACGAAAUCAAACCUCCGGUUCCCAGAGAUCUGAUGAUCUGCUUCCGGCGUCUCACUGCUGUAGUUAUAUAAAUUUAGGACUAGCCAGCUUGUGAUGGACUGGAAGAAAUGCUUUUGUAAAACAUUGUGGGAUCAUGUUAUAUCCUGGGGAUCUUGUACUUGUACACAAAAGAGAUUUAGAGGUCAUUUCUGCUUCUGAAGUGACUUCACUGUGAAUUUACUGUGCUUUAAGUUGAUUUAGAUUACAGUAUAAAUGGUAGAAGGGGAAUAGCAUUGUCAGGAAAGUUGUUGGUCUGCAUCAGCAUCUGAGGGUAAUGAACUGAGUAUUGAAUGAAUUGGUCAACAAAUGUAAUCAGCCGGUUUCUAGUUAGUAUGUCUUUUAAUUAUAUAGUUAUAAGAUCUAUAGUCAUAAUUUAGUUAAUGGACAGUCACUAAAUUGGUGGAUUCAGUAGGUUAGUUUGUGUCAGCAAUUUAAACCAUAAAGGAAAUGGUCAAUAUCUUUUUACUUAUUUGCAUUAUUUCUUUUUUUAUUGUGAAUGGCUGGGGCUCUUGGGGAUAAUGUUAUAUUUGAUUAGAAUUUUAUCACAACUGUAUUAACCAAUCAAAUGAAGUCUAUUUGGGUUUGACAAUAUUGUAGACAAAACUAGUCAAAAAAAUUUUAUUCUUUAAUGUCUUGGUGCAUAUUGA